CCCUCCUUUCCUCCCAUCCUUCUAUUCCACUUCCUCACCCUUCCUUCCUCCUUCCCUUCCUUAUUUUCCACCUUCCCUCCCGCUCCUCCUUUCAGGCGCCAUGUCCGAUGUGGAGGAGGUCAAGGGGGAAGAGGAAGAGGAGGACUCCUGCUGGCAGCGCCUGGAGAGCUUCCGGGUCAAGCUGACCUCGGCCAUUGACCCUUCGCGCAUCACGCCUUACCUGCGCCAGUGCAAGGUCCUCAGCCCUGACGAUGAAGAGCAGGUCCUCAGUGACCCCAGCCUGGUCCUGCGCAGGAGGAGGGCCGGCCUCCUGCUGGACCUCCUCCAACGGACGGGGCGCAGAGGCUUUGUGGCCUUCCUGGAGAGCCUGGAGCUCUACUACCCGCAGCUCUACACCAAGGUCACCGGAAAGGAGCCCACCAGGGUCUUCUCCAUGAUCCUAGAUGCCGCGGGGGAGUCCCGCCUGGGGGAGCUCCUGAUGGGAGAGGUCUGCAAGCUGCAGGCUUUGCUGCGGGCCGAGCGCCAGAGGAGCCAGGAGCUGGCGGAGCGCUUGGGGGCUGCGGAGGAGGCCCUGCAGAAACGCCGGCUGCGGGAGGAGGACCAGGUGGGCACCUUGGCCCUGCGCUACGCCCGGCAGAGCCAGGAGAAGGGCGCCGCGCUCAGGCAGAACCAAGAACUGCGCCUGGAGAUCGAGAGCCUAAAGCACCGCCUGAUGAAGGCCGAGGAGGACUGCAAACUAGAGCGAAGGCAGACCCUGAAGCUGCGGCAGGCGAUCGAGCAGAGGCCCAGCCCGGAGGUCGCUUGGGAGAAAAAGGCCCUGCAGAGCACCUUGCAGCUCUCGGAGGAGAAGGAGCUCUUGGAGCUGCGCUGCGCCUCCCUCCGGAACGACAACCGGAUCUACCAGGACCGCAUCCAGACCGUUCUGCAGCAGUUGGAGGAAGUGGCCGGCGAGAGGGACCAGGGCCUCGCGACCCAGGAAGUCCUCCAGCGCCAGUAUUCCAAAAGCCUGCGCGAGAAGGACGUCUACAGGAAGCAGAUCCGUGACCUCGGGGAAAAGAUCAACGACCUCCAGCUCCAGCUCUUCCAGAAGGAAAGGCAGCUGCACACCAUCAGAACCCAGAGGGAACCAUUGCAGCCCGACCCUUCAGCUCUGACGUCGGACUUUGAGGAAACGUCGUCCCAAAGCUCCCCAGAAGAAGUGAGCAAAGGGGACGCCAUGGAUCUCCCUCCACAGAAAGCAGCCAUUUUUUCUCUAAAGAUGGAUGAAGACCCAAAAGGCCCCGAAAACGGCGAAGAGUUCAAUGCAUUGGAAAAUAUGUUGCAGUAUUUGUAUGACUUUUUUUGGUAUUGUAUUUUCCAGGAAAGUGAGACCCUCAAUGGGGAAUCAAUGGAGAAAGGCCGCCGGCGAAUGAAGGACAACUUUGAGCAAUAUAGAAGGAAGAGGGCCCUGCGCCGCGUCCAUAAGGCCCGCUAUCACGAGGUGGACUGGGAGAACUCCUCCGGCUCCUGACCCCAAAGGACACCAUUCGAUCCCUCCUGACAGAUGGCCAGCUGGAAUAUUUUCGAGCCUGCUCUACAGAUUGGGAUAUAUUUAUAUAUGUAUAUAUUUAAUGUAUGUUUUGUACUCCAAGAGGCAAUGUCUCAUGGGAACAAGUAAUUCUUUGUAAUUAUUAAUGAUUCAUAUAAUAAUCCUCUUCCUAAA